CUCGUUUUAUAAGGUAGCAAAAUAUUAAGUGAUAGUCUAAAAACUCUAGUGACUGAAACCAAGUUUUAUUUCGCUAGUUUUCCUUAAAGUAAGUCAAAUAAUGGCGAGCCUUGGUAAUUUCGUUGUAACUUACGGCCUAUUAGCGGGAGUUUUCUUGGUUUUGAUGUGGGCGUUGUACAAUAAACAUAAAACUGCAAAGAAACGAAUCUUUGCUUUCCUUGUUAGUCGGUAUAUGGCACCAUCUUUAGUCAAGAAGUUGCAUGUUUUUAAGCAAAAACUAUUUUCUGAUAUGAACACCAUGGUUUCUUGUGAUCCACGCUUGAAAACACAGGGACAAGGUAUGAUUCGAGUCUUGGAGAUUGGUGUUGGUUCUGGUACAAAUCUGGAGUAUUAUACAUCGGGAUGCAAACUCAUAUCUGUCGAACCUAACCCGUAUUUUGAAACCCAUUUUAAAAAGAAUAGAGAACAAUUUUGCCAUGUCGAAGUGGAACAGUUUGUGACUGCUAUGGCCGAAAACAUGGCCGAAAUACCGGACAAGAGCGUAGACGCCGUCGUGUCAACACAUGUACUAUGUUCUGUGACGGAUAUUAUGGGCGCCCUUCAUGAGAUCAAGAGAGUACUUGUACCUGUAAGUAGUAAAAACAAGAAAAAAUACUUAUGA